CGUUACUUGGCUUUCGUAUCGUUUCGCGAACAAGCGGCGAUAGAAAAGAGGAAGUGUGACGUAUUCGCGUGCUGUUUCACAAUCUCACGGUUCUCCCGAUGCAUCUCGCGUUCUCGCGCGCGAGUGUACUCCGUUUUAUGGCUCCUGUCUACUACUCGCGGAAAUAUAACCCGCGGAAAAUAUAGCCGGGAACAACGAGCCGACUCGAGGCGACCGGCGAAAACGUUCGCUUACAGUGAUAUAAGCAAAUGUGAUAUCUCGUACAUGCGACGCAGAUAUUCCCGAUCGAAGAUUUGCUUACGCCACGUCACGCAUGUUAAGUAUCGAGCUUUUGCCAUAAUUCAAUUAUGUCUAAUCCAAAGGAAGUAGAAACUUCUGUGCAAGGUACACAAAAAACCUAUUCUGAAAGUGCUAAUGAAAACUCCAAAGUUAACGAAACUCAAAAUACGAGCUUGAAUGAGAGUCAGGAUUUUCGACUUGUCGAUUACGAAGGAGAAGAGAGCAUGAUGGAAAGGGCCAGGGAGACACAGGAUGGAGAAGAUGAUUCUCAAAAAUCGAUUGAGCCAUUAGAUUCGCAGCAGAGUCCAGAAGCACAAUUGCAGAUAUAUGAUAAUACGAUAACUGUAAAUAAUAAAGGGGAUGAGAUUAUUAUAGAUAAAGGAUUAGAAAACGAGGCUGAAAAGACUGAAGAGGAUGUAUCUGACGAGUUACGUGAAUCAGAAAAAAAAGAGCUUUUUGAUGAAGAUCUUGACAUUAUUCAAGGUACACCUCCUCAGAAUUAUUUACUAUCUAAAAAAGUAGUAAGUAAUAUUGAUGUUCCCAGUCUGAAACGUAAAGCUGAGAUUAUCGAUGAACCGCCUACCAAAAUCUCUAAAAUUAUGCCAGCGGAAGAUAUGAUGAAUGUUGAGAAACAAUUUGAGGAGGAAGAAGAAGAAAGUCAUCAAUCUGAUGAUUCAUAUCAGGACUUAUUUAAGAAUAAGGAUAAAAACGUUACAAUAGAGGAGACUCAGGACCCAACUAAUCUAGAAUUGACUCAAAACUCUUUGAGAGAUUCCAUCGAACAUGCAGCGGAAACGAUGGUUGAUGAAAAGACACGGGAAUUUUCUUCCAAACAGAUAAAUCAAGAUAAUGUUGACAAGGAUAAAGACGAAAAUUUAAACGUUUCCGAGAAACUAUCUGAUACCAGUGUCAACGACAGUACGACAGUGGUCAAUUAUUCCAACAAAAGCGAUGACUCGUUGCUCGAAGAUAACAAUUUGGUGACCAAAACGAGAGGGGAAAUUAGUUCUACAAAUGUUGUAAUAGCCGACGAGAAAUCUGGGAUUGGAACAUCAGAUGAGAUGAAUGCAUCUGCGAAAGAUGCAGAAACGAUAUCUGCUGAAAAUAAUCAAAUCAAGCAGUCGAAUUGUGAGAAGCCUUCUGGGAAUAUUGUCGACAACAAGCAAGAGAUCUCAUCUUCUCAGGUCAAAUUGCGACCCAGUGUGGAAUUUAUAUACGAAAAUAUGAAACGGACUGCUGGCGAUGACGAGAAUAGAUCAAAACCACAAGUGGUGCAGAUCGACGACGAUGGUGAGAAGAUCGUACUGGACUCAUCGACUGAGUUGUCAUUUGAUCGUCAGCAUAUCAAAACCAAGCCGGAAGUUGUUCAGAUCGAUGACUCACACGAGGGCAAGAAAAUCGUCGUAGACUUAGAUGACAGUUCCAAGGUUCAGACUACAGAUAAAAGCAGUUACGAGAGCAGAAGUGGCACCGACUUCAGCUACAAAUCCGCAGAAAGUAUGAAGGAAUCAUCUCUAGACUCAAAAAUGACGAUGGAUAAGAGGCUGGUGAAUGGCAGUACCGAUUCCAAGAGAAGCGACACUGAUGCGACUCUUAGCUUGGAUUCGGAUACCUUCUCCGGAUGUGACGAGCAGAUUCCUAUUACAACGCUGAAAGAUAGUAAUGUUGUCACGCAUAACAUAAAGAAGUUGAGUAAUAGCAAAGGUAAUUCUUUUAUCUCCAAGAAUAUAGACAAUAUCGAGCUCAUCAGUAUAAGCGAUAACGAGACAUCCAACGUCGAGGAGAAGAUCAAGUCCGAUCUGACCCACAAUAAUCUGGCAAAGACUAUACAGGUGGAACGAGAAAUGAAGAUGUACCUGAAGUUCAAAUACGUAGUGAACAUAGAUGAGAAUACGAAGGAAAUCGCAAGCAAGGAAUUAACUACAGUUCAAUGCCACCCCGAGUCCAUGUUUAUGAUGGACAGGCAGAAAAACGAUGACAGUCAGUCAUCGUUGGCGGACAUUUCCGAUAACAAGGAAUCGUCGCCCGGUUCUGUCAACAGCAAUCCCCAGUUGUAUCCAUUGAAUCCAUCUCGGCUGUCCACCAUGUCGUCGUUUAGUUCCAGCUCGGCAUCCAGCGCUGCUUCUCUGGCUACAAGACUUGCUUUGAAAAACGUGCAUUUCUCAAUACCGUCGCUCCCGGUGAAGCAUGCAAAGAAACAGGACAUUCCGACACCAAUAGAAAAGCAGAUGUUAGACGAGACUUACGAUCGUUUGACACGCGAAUGGAAGAAUUACCGCCUGCUCACCACGACGAUUUUAAAUUAUGCAAACGUAGAACUGAAUAGCACCGUACCUACAACAAUAUCCACAACUAUCAGAACAGCUUCACCUAGCAGCACCUUCGUUAACGUGAGCAACGAACGGCUAGAUGAUCCUCACUUGGAAAAGAACAUGCGCUCGUCGACACCGUCGGAUCAGAUUACGAAAGAUUCGAAGAUUGAGUUAACCAUCACGCCAAAGAGUACAAAAAAAGGUAGGGUUCUAAAAAAACCGAGAAGCAAACUGGAGAAGUCAAACGUUACGCAGAGUAACGGCGAGAACGGCGCUGGUGAUAUUUCGAAUGAGCCGAGUUCACGCAUUUCCGUUACGGAGACGGACGCAUUGGCCAGCGUGAAGAAGAGCAAGCUAGAAAGUGUCGAGAACAACUUGUUAACCGACAUAAAUGUUCUAGCGAAUUCAUCGCCGCGAAAUAUGCUGCCUGACGAAUUGAUUGGCAAGAUAGCAUUUGCCAAAUGGUCGGACAAUAAUUACUAUCCUGGCACGGUGAUCGAUCGGCAGAAGACCAAAUACAAAGUAAACUUCUUCGACGGUAAGAGCAAAACGCUUAUACCUGAGUUUGUGAUACCGAUACCAAAGAUUCUGAGGGAGGGCCUAUCCGUAUAUGCAACCACAAAAACCAAUGGCUAUGGUUCUUGCGGAAUUAUUGUCAAUGUUCAUACGUCGGGCAACGACGACACGUACUACACGGUAGAAACUGAUGAAGGUGAACGAUUGCGUGUACAAAUACAGAACAUUUCCCUGUCUGCCGAUCAGGCACAAGUGCUCAAGGAGGAGGUGGACUCAGCGGAUAAGAACUCUUUGCCGAGCACGCCGAAAGCACUCGGUCAAGUAACUUUGGACAACAUGGUUGACGGCAAGCGACGUUCUAAGAGAAUCGGCACGCCACUCUUCUCGACACCCAAGUCCAAGACCAAUGCCACCGGGCCGGGCACUUCCGCCAGUAAAAUCAAAUCAGAACCCUCGGUAUCCGGUAUAUCUACUAAACUGAAGAAAGAAAAGGACGCGAUAUCAGAGAACGAGAGUGUAUCGAGUGACUCGAACGUCGAAUUUCAGUCGCAGGAUUGGUACAUUUUGAAGGGUGUGCAGAAAGAGAUAGUCGGCACGCCGUACGAGCAGAUUGUAAAAGGACCACAGAGUAAAGUUAAGAGCAAGCCGCGUAGUAAGAAGAAAGUGGAGGACCCGCAGAUGGUCGAGACUCUUGGUCCAAUCCCAUUAAACUCCAACAUCUUCAAGGGCAUGUCAUUUAUUCUUACUUGUGCAUCCUUAGAAGCUCUGGACAGAUAUCAAGAUCUAUCAGGACUCACUCUAUCAGGCACAGAGACAGAAACGGAUGUGGAAACCGAAAACGAGGAUGAUUGGGACGACCGUCCAUUCGUGCGAGACAGAUUGCACGCGCAGAUUUUGGCGGGGGGCGGCAAGAUUUAUGAGAAUUUCGAAAAAAUACCAAAGGAUGAAUAUGUAGAUACGAAGCUCAUCACAAACGUGCCGAACACUACAGAAAAAUAUAUAUUAUGUUUAUCAGUCGGAAUCUCUGUGUGCAAUCACAAAUGGAUUAUUAGAUGUUGUACAGAGGGAAAAAUUGUGAAUGUAGCCGAACAUGUGCUUCCAACUGGUUGGAGUUUGCAGAAAAGAGGCUACGUAGAAAAAUUCGAAAUGAGCAGAAGUAAACCAUUAGAAGAGAUUGUCGUGAUAAUUCCUAGUCUAUCAUAUGAUAGACAAUUUGCUACAUUCUGGCAGCAGGUUUGUGAGAACGCGGGUGCGGCAGUUUUGAUCGCGGAAGACUCAGAGGCCAUGGAAACGAUGGACUUCGCCAGUAAUAUAAUGGUCGUGUCCAAUUGCAGAUGCCCGUCAUGGGCAGUGAAUAGAGCCGCUCGUCAACAAAUUCCAUUACUUUCUACUACGUGGGUGAUUCAAUGCAUAAUCGAGGGCAGAUUGUGUCCGCCAGACCAGCAUCCACGUUAUAAAUAUAAUUACAUAAUAAGAUAAGAACUUUCGUUAAUUAGAAAGCCAAUGUUUUAUAUAAUCGUGAGUAUCGUCUAUAAUCAAUGUGACUUUUAGAAGACUUCUGUUUUCCACAUCUUUUUCAAAUUUUGCUUACCUCUAUGUCAUUUCGCGUAAGACAAAAGAAUAACUUUACAACAUAAAGGAUAUUUUUCAAUUGUGAGUCAUAAAAUUUUUCAAUUCCAUUUUUCGUAACGCUU